AUGCCUGUAAACUAUAAUAAAAAAAAGUUGGGUAAGAAGAUGAAGAAGACGCCUAACGUUACGUUUCCGCUCAUAAAAGAUCAUUGGAAUGACAAAGUAUCAGUUGCUAAAAAUUUAAGUAACUUUGGACUAACGAAUAAUCCUAGCAAAUCCAUUUCAACCGGUUUCACCAAUACUCAACCACAAGUAAAAGGCGAAGAAAUUAAAGAACAAAAUAAAAAGCGCAAAAGAGAGCCAAAGCAACCACAAGUUGUCAAAAUGUUGGAAGAGCAAGCAAAUAAACCUACAGGAAUCAAACAGAUAACAUUACCUCCUGGCACGAUAAAAUUCAUCACUGGUCUUAUGGAGAAAUAUGGAGACAAUUAUAAGGAGAUGACAAAGGAUCCGAAAAAUGUUUACCAAAUGACAUGGAAACAAAUACGUGCAAAAAUAUUAACAUUCAAAAGCAUAAAGGCUUACGAGCAUUUAAUGCCCCAGCCAAUAGCUGAUUUAUAA